CAUGCUUCGUGAAAGUUCUGCAUUGGCCCCCACAAACCCUAGCCUAAUCUUAUAUUCCCUUCUUUCACCCUCACGGUCCUCUGCGCUCGAAGCUUCAACAAUGUCUCACUUUGGAAGGUCGGGUCCUCCAGACAUCACUGACACCUAUUCGCUUCUAGUGCUCAAUAUCACAUUCCGUACAACCGCAGAUGAUCUGUUUCCCCUGUUCGAUAAGUACGGCAAGGUCGUCGACAUCUUUAUUCCCAGAGAUCGAAGGACCGGUGAAUCAAGGGGUUUUGCAUUCGUGCGUUAUAAGUAUGCUGAUGAGGCACAAAAGGCUGUGGAUAGGCUGGACGGAAGAGUGGUUGAUGGCCGGGAGAUAACUGUUCAAUUUGCAAAAUAUGGGCCUAAUGCAGAGAGGAUUCACAAAGGAAGGAUUAUUGAAACAUUCCCCAAGUCUAGGCACAGGUCAAGGAGUCGCAGCCCCAGGAGAAGGUAUCGUGAUGAUUACAGGGACAGGGAUUAUAGGAGGAGGAGUCGCAGCAGGAGUUACGAUAGGUAUGAAAGGGAUAGGUAUCGUGGAAGAGAAAGAGAAUCUCGUCGCAGAAGUAGGAGCCGUAGUGCAAGUCCUGAUUACUACAAGAGUCGUGGAAGGGAUCGCUAUGAUGAUGAGCGUCGUAGCCAUAGCCGAAGCCGAAGCCGAUCUGUGGAUAGUCGCUCCCCUGCACGCCGCAGCCUUAGUCCUCGAAGGAGUCCUUCACCUCAAAGGAGUGCUUCCCCUCAAAGAAGUAUUUCCCCAAGGAGGAGCCCAAGGGAUGAAAGCCCUGAGAGUCGUAGCCGUGAUGGACGAUCUCCUACACCUCACAGUGUCUCACCACGUGGUCAACCCAAGGAUUCGAGAAGCCCAUCCCCUCGAAAUUCUAAUGGAGAUGAAUGAGCACCAGGUUUCUGAUGAAAAAAUGCGGAGGGACCUUGAGUAAUGCAGUUGUAGCUGCUUUGAUAAUGUUGGGUCCUUUGAUCGAUGUUCAUGAUCUUGUCGGACUUCCUUGGUGUUAAAAUGUUACUAUAUUUGGACCUAAUGUGUCUUCUAGUGGUCUAUCUGGUAACUAUUGGACCUUGUAGUUAAAUAGAUUGAUAUUGCACUGUUGUUGAAGAGUUUUGUCAUUUAGUUUGUU